AAUGGGUCAGAUGCAGCUCCCGCCCCUCAACAUCGGUCCGAUCGCGCUCGACUUCCCUGUGGUUCAGGCCGCCCUCAGCGGCUACAGCGAUGGCCCUAUGCGGCGCAUCGCCCGCCGCCACGGCGCCCCGUACACCCUGUGCGAGGUGAUGCUGGACAAGUUCGUGGCCGAGCUCAAGCCACGCCGCAAGACGCGUCAUUUCCUCCACAUCGCCGAGGAAGAGCACCCGGUCGGUGGCCAACUUAUGGGCGCCGACCCCGCCAUAUUCGGCCCCGCGGCUGAGCGGAUGGUCGAGGCCGGGUUCGACGUGAUCGAUAUCAACUUCGGCUGCCCGGUAAAGAAGGUGCUGGGCCGCUGCCGCGGCGGCUACCACCUCAGCCAGCCGGACGUGGCGCUCGAAAUCAUCCAGACGGUCCGCGAUACCGUGCCCGACCACAUCCCCGUGACCGUCAAGAUGCGGCGGGGGAUCGACGACACGCCCGAGAGCCGUGACAACUUCUUCCACAUCUUCGACCGCGCCUACGAGAUUGGCGUCGCGGCGACCACCGUGCACGGUCGGACCGUCAUGCAGCGGUACGACGGCCCCUCCCGGUGGGAAUUCCUCCGCGAGCUGAAGCAGCACGCCGGCGACCGGGUGGUGCUGGGCAGCGGCGACCUGUUCACCGCUCAAUCUUGCCUAGACAUGAUGGAGUACACCGGCGUCGACGGCGUGACAGUCGCCCGCGGGGCGAUCGGCAACCCGUGGAUCUUCCAGCAGGCGCGCGCGUUGUCGGCGGGCCAGCCGCUGCCAGCCCCUCCGUCGCUGCACGAGCAGCGCGACGUGAUCGCCGAGCACUACCGGCUGGCCGAGGAGCUGUACGGCGCCGAGCGGUGCGUGCCCGACAUGCGCAAGUUCGCCAUCAAGUACUCCAAGCUCCACCCGCAGCACGCCGAGGUCCGCGCCGACUUCUGCCGCGUCAAGCAGCCGGGCGCGUGGAUGGAGAUCCUCGACAAGUGGUACUCGGACGACCUGCCCGGCGUUCACCCGGAGGUCGAAGAGCCGAACCCGCUGGCGAGCGAGGCCGCGCUCAGCGUCUAG